GAUAAUCCUUUCUCCUGCCGCAGAGGAGAGGAGCGGCGGGAGCGGGACACUUCGCCGAGGCAUAGCGGGCCGGCAGGAUGGCGACCGUGGUGGUGGAAGCCACCGAGCCGGAGCCAUCCGGCAGCAUUGCCAACCCGGCGGCAUCCACCUCGCCCAGCCUGUCGCAUCGCUUCCUCGACAGCAAGUUCUACCUGCUGGUGGUCGUCGGCGAAAUCGUGACCGAGGAGCACCUACGGCGCGCCAUCGGCAACAUCGAACUCGGAAUCCGAUCAUGGGACACAAACCUGAUUGAAUGCAACCUGGACCAGGAACUGAAACUUUUUGUAUCUCGACACUCUGCGAGAUUUUCUCCUGAAGUCCCAGGACAAAAGAUCCUUCAUCACCGAAGUGACGUUUUAGAAACAGUGGUUCUGAUCAACCCUUCAGAUGAAGCAGUCAGCACUGAGGUGCGCUUAAUGAUCACUGAUGCUGCUCGACACAAGCUGCUCGUGCUGACAGGGCAGUGCUUUGAAAAUACCGGAGAGCUCAUUCUCCAGUCCGGCUCUUUCUCCUUCCAGAACUUCAUAGAGAUUUUCACCGAUCAAGAGAUUGGGGAAUUACUGAGCACCACCCAUCCUGCCAACAAGGCCAGCUUAACCCUGUUCUGCCCUGAAGAAGGGGACUGGAAGAACUCCAAUCUUGACAGACACAAUCUCCAAGACUUCAUCAAUAUUAAACUCAACUCAGCGUCUAUAUUGCCAGAAAUGGAAGGACUUUCCGAGUUUACUGAGUAUCUCUCAGAAUCAGUGGAAGUUCCAUCUCCCUUUGAUAUCCUAGAACCUCCCACAUCGGGUGGAUUUCUAAAGCUCUCCAAGCCUUGUUGUUACAUUUUUCCAGGAGGGAGGGGCGAUUCUGCAUUGUUUGCCGUGAAUGGAUUCAAUAUGCUCAUCAAUGGAGGAUCGGAAAGGAAAUCCUGCUUUUGGAAGCUCAUCCGACACUUGGACCGAGUGGACUCCAUCCUACUCACCCACAUUGGGGAUGACAAUUUGCCUGGAAUAAACAGCAUGCUACAGCGGAAAAUUGCAGAGCUCGAGGAAGAACAGUCCCAGGGCUCCACCACAAAUAGUGACUGGAUGAAAAACCUCAUCUCCCCUGACCUAGGAGUUGUAUUUCUCAAUGUACCUGAAAAUCUGAAAAACCCAGAGCCAAACAUCAAGAUGAAGAGGAGCAUAGAAGAAGCUUGCUUUACUCUCCAGUACCUAAAUAAAUUGUCCAUGAAGCCAGAACCUCUCUUCAGAAGUGUAGGCAAUACCAUUGAUCCUGUCAUUCUUUUCCAAAAAAUGGGAGUUGGUAAACUUGAGAUGUAUGUGCUCAACCCAGUUAAGAGCAGCAAGGAAAUGCAGUAUUUUAUGCAGCAGUGGACUGGCACCAACAAAGACAAGGCUGAACUAAUCCUGCCUAAUGGUCAAGAAAUAGAUAUCCCAAUUUCCUACCUAACUUCAGUCUCCUCUUUGAUCGUGUGGCAUCCGGCAAACCCUGCAGAGAAAAUCAUUCGAGUCCUGUUUCCCGGCAAUAGCACCCAAUACAAUAUCCUGGAAGGACUGGAAAAGCUCAAACAUUUAGACUUUCUGAAGCAGCCGCUGGCCACCCAGAAGGACCUAACUGGCCAGGUGGCCACUCCAGCUGUGAAACAAGUAAAACUGAAACAGAGAGCUGAUAGUCGAGAGAGUCUGAAGCCAGCCGCAAAACCACUUCCUAUCAAAUCUGUGCGGAAGGAGUCUAAAGAAGAAACCCCUGAUGUCACAAAAGCUAAUAAUGUAGAAAAGCCACCCAAAGUUGAAAGCAAAGAAAAGGUGACAGUGAAAAAAGACAAGCCCAUAAAAACAGAGACGAAACCUGCAGUGACCGAAAAGGAGGUGCCAAGCAAAGAAGAGCUGCCCUCGGUCAAAGCCGAAGUGGCCGAAAAGCCAGCCACCGAUGUCAAACCCAAAGUCUCAAAGGAGAAGAUAGUGAAAAAGGAAACCAAGGCAAAACCUGAGGAAAAGAAAGAGGAGAAGGAAAAGCCAAAGAAAGAAGUGGCUAAAAAGGAGGACAAAACACCCAUUAAGAAGGAAGAAAAACCAAAAAAGGAAGAGGUGAAAAAGGAAGUAAAAAAAGAAAUCAAGAAAGAAGAGAAAAAAGAACCCAAGAAGGAGGUUAAGAAGGAAACCCCACUGAAGGAAGCCAAGAAGGAGGUGAAGAAGGAAGAAAAGAAGGAAGUUAAAAAGGAAGAAAAGGAACCCAAAAAAGAAAUUAAGAAACUUCCUAAAGACUCAAAGAAACCAUCUACUCCUCUAUCUGAAGCAAAAAAACCGGCUGCAUUAAAACCAAAAGUGCCCAAGAAGGAAGAGGCUGUCAAAAAAGAGUCUGUUGCUGCUGGGAAGCCAAAGGAGAAAGGGAAGAUUAAAGUCGUUAAGAAGGAAAGCAAGACACCAGAGACUGCAGCUGCAGCCAUUGGCUCUGUGGCCGCUGUUGCAGCUGUGGCGGCGGCAGCUGGAAUGGCAAGUGCUGGCCCUGCCAAAGAACUUGAGGCUGAAAGGUCCCUUAUGUCAUCCCCUGAGGAUCUGACCAAGGACUUUGAAGAGUUAAAGGCUGAGGAGGUUGAUGUGGCAAAAGACAUCAAGCCUCAGCUGGAGCUGAUCGAAGAUGAGAAGAAACUGAAGGAAGCUGAGCCAGUUGAAGCCUAUGUCCUCCAGAAAGAGACAGAAGUCAUCAAAGGCCCUGCCGAAUCUCCUGAUGAGGGGAUCACCACCACUGAAGGGGAGGGUGAAUGUGAACAAACCCCUGAGGAGCUGGAGCCCGUCGAGAAACAGGGAGUGGAUGACAUUGAAAAAUUUGAAGAUGAAGGAGCAGGUUUUGAAGAAUCCUCAGAGAUUGGAGACUAUGAAGAGAAGGCAGAAACUGAGGAGGCUGAGGAGCCAGAAGAGGACGUUGAAGAAAAUGUGUGUGUGAGCACCUCCAAGCACAGCCUUGUGGAGGAGGAGGAGAGUGCAAAGGCUGAGGCAGAUGUGCACAUCAAGGAGAAGAGGGAGUCUCUGGCCAGUGGAGAUGACCGAGCAGAAGAAGACAUGGAUGAGGUGGUGGAGAAAGGAGAAGCUGAACAAUCCGAGGAGGAGGGUGAUGAGGAAGACAGAGCUGAGGAUGCCAGAGAGGAAGAAUACGAGCCCGAAAAAGCUGAAGCUGAAGACUAUGUCAUGGCCGUGGUUGACAAGGCUGCAGAGGCUAGCGGUGUCGAGGAUCAGUAUGGAUUCCUUACCACAUCAGUCAAGCAACCAGGAGCCCAGGCUCCUUCCCGAGAACCUGCAUCUUCAAUUCAUGAUGAGACUUUACCUGGAGGCUCAGAAAGUGAGGCCACUGCAUCUGAUGAGGAGAAUAGAGAAGACCAGCCUGAAGAAUUCACAGCCACUUCCGGCUACACUCAGUCUACCAUUGAGAUAUCCAGUGAGCCCACGCCAAUGGAUGAGAUGUCUACUCCUCGAGAUGUAAUGAGUGAUGAGAUCAACAAUGAAGAGACAGAGUCCCCAUCUCAAGAAUUUGUAAACAUCACCAAAUACGAGUCUUCACUGUAUUCUCAGGAAUACUGCAAACCUGCUGUUACAUCAAUCAAUGGAUUAUCUGAAGGAUCAAAAACAGAUGCCACAGAUGGGAAGGACUACAAUGCUUCAGCCUCCACCAUCUCACCACCAUCAUCCAUGGAGGAAGACAAAUUUAGCAAAUCUGCUCUACGUGACGCUUACUGCUCUGAAGAGAGAGACAAGAAAGCCAGUGCCACACUGGUGAUCAAAGACACCAUCUCAGCAGUUUCAGAUGAAAAACUUAGCCCACCCAAGAGCCCAUCCUUGAGUCCAUCUCCACCAUCACCGAUAGAAAAGACCCCCCUGGGGGAACGCAGUGUGAACUUUUCUCUGACGCCAAAUGAGAUUCAAGUCUCAGCAGAGGCAGAAGUGGUCCCAGUGUCUCCUGAGGUGACCCAAGAAGUAGUUGAAGAACAUUGUGCUAGUCCUGAGGAUAAGACCCUGGAAGUGGUAUCUCCAUCUCAGUCUGUAACUGGCAGUGCUGGCCACACACCUUACUACCAGUCUCCCACUGAAGAGAAAUCUAGUCACCUCCCCACGGAAGUAACUGAAAAACCAUCAGCAGUUCCAGUGAGUUUUGAAUUCAGUGAUGCCAAAGAUGAGAAUGAAAGGGCUUCCAUAAGCCCCAUGGAUGAACCUGUGCCUGACUCGGAAUCUCCUAUUGAAAAAGUCUUGUCUCCUUUACGGAGUCCUCCCCUAAUUGGAUCCGAGUCUGCAUAUGAGAGUUUUCUAAGUGCUGAUGACAAGACCUCUGGUAGAGGUACUGAAAGCCCCUUUGAAGCAAAGAAUGGAAAACAAGACUCUCCAGAUGAAAUGAGUCCAGUCUCUGAUAUGACUGCUGCUGGUCUUUUACAAGACAAACCGGAAGGGAAAAGCACAGACUUUAUACCAAUAAAGGAAGACUUUGGUCAAGAAAAGAAAACUGAUGAUGCUGAAGCCAUGAGUUCUCAAUCUGGACUGGCUUUGGAUGAAAGAAAAUUAGGAGGAGAUGUUUCUCCUACACAAAUAGAUGUCAGUCAGUUUGGGUCUUUUAAAGAAGACACUAAGAUGUCCAUUUCGGAAGGCACUGUCUCAGACAAGUCAGCUACUCCUGUUGAUGAGGGUGUAGCAGAAGAUACAUACUCGCAUAUGGAGGGUGUUGCCUCAGUAUCCACAGCUUCCGUGGCUACGAGCUCAUUUCCAGAGCCAACAACAGAUGAUGUGUCUCCUUCUCUGCAUGCUGAGGUUGGCUCUCCACAUUCUACAGAAGUCGAUGACUCCCUUUCUGUGUCUGUCGUGCAAACGCCUACCACUUUCCAGGAAACAGAAAUGUCUCCAUCUAAAGAAGAAUGUCCAAGACCAAUGUCAAUUUCUCCACCAGAUUUCUCCCCUAAAACAGCCAAAUCUAGGACACCAGUCCAAGAUCACAGAUCUGAACAGUCCUCAAUGUCUAUUGAAUUUGGCCAAGAAUCCCCUGAGCACUCCCUUGCUAUGGACUUUAGUCGACAGUCUCCAGAUCACCCUACAGUGGGUGCAAGUAUGCUUCACAUCACUGAAAAUGGGCCAACUGAAGUGGAUUACAGUCCUUCUGACAUGCAGGACUCUAGUUUAUCACAUAAGAUACCACCAAUGGAGGAGCCGUCCUACACCCAAGACAAUGAUCUUUCUGAGCUCAUCUCAGUGUCUCAGGUUGAGGCUUCCCCAUCCACCUCUUCAGCACAUACCCCCUCUCAGAUAGCUUCUCCUCUUCAAGAAGACACUCUAUCUGACGUCGUUCCUCCCAGAGAUAUAUCCUUAUAUGCCUCACUCACCUCAGAAAAAGUGCAAAGUCUAGAAGGAGAGAAGCUGUCACCAAAAUCUGAUAUCUCUCCACUCACCCCAAGAGAGUCCUCUCCUUUAUAUUCACCUAGUUUUUCAGAUUCUACCUCUGCUGUCAAAGAGAAUAUAACAGCUUGCCCCACUUCCUCUUCUCCACCAAUGGAUGCAGCAUCCGCAGAGCCCUAUGGCUUCCGUGCCUCAAUGUUAUUUGAUACAAUGCAACACCAGCUAGCCUUGAACAGAGAUUUGACCACAUCUGGCAUGGAGAAGGACACUGGAGCCAAGACACCUGGUGACUUUAGCUAUGCCUAUCAAAAACCUGAGAAAACAACCAGGUCCCCAGAUGAAGAGGGUUAUGAGUAUGAGUCUUAUGAGAAAACCACCCGGACCCCAGAUGUGAGUGGCUAUUACUAUGAGAAGAUAGAGAGUACCACAAAAUCCCCAUGUGACAGCAGCCACUCAUAUGAAACCAUUGAGAAAACCAGCAAGACCCCUGGAGAUGAUGGUUAUGCCUAUGAGAUCACUGAGGAGACCACACGGAUCCCCGAAGAGGGUGAAUACAGCUAUGAGGCAAGUGAGAAGACCAUGAGGACCCCUGAAGUGAGUGGUUACAGCUAUGAAAAGACUGAGAGGUCUUCGAGAAGGCUCCUGGAUGAUAUCAGCAAUGGCUAUGAUGACUCUGAAGAUGGUGGCCACACGCUUGGGGAUUCCAGCUACUCCUAUGAGACCACUGAGAAAAUUGCCAGUUUCCCUGAGUCUGAAAGUUACUCGUAUGACACGUCGACAGCUACUACACGAGCCCCUGAUACUUCCACAUACAGUUAUGAGGCCACCAGAACCCCACAAGCAUCUGCGUAUUCCUACGAGACUUCAGACCAGUGCUUCACUGUAGAAAAGAAGUCUCCCUCAGAGGCUCGCCAGGAUGUUGACCUAUGCCUUGUGUCCUCCUGUGAAUACAAGCAUCCCAAGACAGAACUCUCACCCUCCUUCAUUAAUCCCAAUCCUCUCGAGUGGUUUGCGAGUGAAGAGCCAACUGAAGAGUCCGAGAAGCCCCUCACCCAAUCAGGGGGAGCUCCACCACCUCCAGGAGGAAAGCCACAGGGGCGACAAUGUGAUGAAACCCCUCCCACCUCAGUCAGUGAGUCGGCUCCAUCCCAGACUGAUUCUGAUGUUCCCCCGGAGACUGAAGAGUGCCCUUCCAUCACAGCUGAUGCAAAUAUCGACUCUGAAGAUGAAUCAGAAACCAUCCCCACAGACAAAACCGUCACGUACAAACACAUGGACCCACCUCCGGCUCCCAUACAGGACCGCAGCCCUUCUCCACGCCAUCCUGACGUGUCCAUGAUGGACCCGGAGGCCUUGGCCAUUGAGCAGAACCUGGGCAAAGCUCUGAAGAAAGACCUGAAAGAGAAGACCAAAACCAAAAAACCAGGUACAAAGACCAAGUCAUCUUCACCUGUCAAAAAGGGUGAUGGGAAGUCUAAGCCUUCUGCAGCUUCACCAAAACCAGGGGGCUUGAAAGAAUCCUCAGAUAAAGUGUCCAGAGUGGCUUCUCCUAAGAAGAAGGAAUCUGUGGAAAAAGCAACAAAAACCACUACCACUCCGGAGGUCAAAGCUGCACGCGGGGAAGAGAAAGACAAGGACACAAAGAAUGCCGCCAACGCCUCCACAUCCAAAUCGGUAAAGACUGCAACUGCAGGACCAGGCACCACCAAGCCCUCCAAGCCCUCAGCUGUGCCUCCAGGCCCCCCUGUGUAUUUGGACCUGUGCUAUAUUCCCAAUCACAGCAAUAGUAAGAAUGUUGAUGUCGAAUUUUUCAAGAGAGUGAGGUCAUCCUACUACGUGGUGAGUGGGAGUGAUCCUGCUGCUGAGGAGCCCAGCCGGGCUGUCCUGGAUGCCUUGUUGGAAGGGAAAGCCCAGUGGGGCAGCAACAUGCAGGUAACCCUGAUCCCUACCCAUGACUCAGAAGUGAUGAGGGAAUGGUACCAAGAGACCCAUGAGAAACAACAAGACCUCAACAUCAUGGUUUUAGCAAGUAGCAGCACAGUGGUUAUGCAAGAUGAAUCCUUCCCUGCAUGCAAGAUUGAACUGUAAAAACCAAGGCCAGCCACACCACAGGAUUUGAACUUUGUUUCCAGAAAUUCUUCAAUUUGAAACCACCUUUUCUAAAAAGUCAAUUCAUCUAAAUAAGUCACUGAACUGUUACCUGCCAAACGCUAUACUGUGUCAUGGUGAUGCAAGUCACUAAUAUUUCUUAGUUUUUGCUGAUUGCUAAGGGGAGUAACAGUAUUCCCACAGUAGGGUUCAAGUUACUGCAAAAUUACCUGCCCCAGUUCAUCUCUGCUGAAUAUUUGGAAACCAUGCACUAGCAAACCCAACUGACUUCUGCUAGGUAGAGGCAUUUGUCUUAGAGAGAGAGAGAGCGAGAGAGUGAGAGAAAGAAAGAGCGCACGCGCACCAUGAGAGAGAACACAGGAG